CUAACCGAUCCAGCUGCUUUCCAGCAUCCGGCCGACACAGUCUAGCUACGCAUUUGAUGUCGCAACAUACUAGGGACAACCAUUUGAACCGUCGACUCUUUGCUAUGGCGGACAAUGGUUAUCAUGAUGGUACCAAGUGCGAUAUGGAUGGGAAUGUCUUUAGUGGAUGCGGAGAUGGUGUUUAUGUUUGGUCUCCGGGCGGCGUCUUGAUUGGCAACGUCUUGAUUCCAGGUAGAGCUGCGAAUCUCUUCUUUGUAAAGAGAGGUGAGCUGUUCAUCCUUAACAGUAAAAGCUAUGGCGGGCCGUAUAGCAGACUCGACGCGCGGUGCUCUUUUAAAGAUGUAAUGGACAAGAAGAUUUGGCCCAAGAGAGAAUUAUGGGCGCAAUGAGAUGAGGUCAACUUGCUCGCUCAAGAUUCACGAGUGAGGAGGGAUUGGAUAGUUAGACGCGACAGGAAACAAGUGACUUUCCGCCCGCUUUCUUAUCGUUACAUUUGCGAGAUGUGCAGGCACAGAUCACUGUACGAUCUCCUACGAUCAGUUAAUUAAAUAUUGG